UAACAUAAAAUGAAAUAAAUUUAUUGUGAUUUAUGAAAACACCGUUACUCCCAAUUUGAUGAACAAAUAGCAGAAGUUUGAGAGGAAAGCACUCUGCCCAAAUUCAAACUUCUCCAGAAAUCGAAUUCAGACUCUGAUAAUCCGAGAAACACAGUUGUAGUUGACUCUUGCAUCCUAUACUCGUAGCUCAUAAGUGAACUGUGAUGGAUCCAGCAUCAUUUGACCAGAAACCACGUGUGCCACGGAAGGUGAGAUUUCAACCAAAAGCUCCAGUACGCAAACCAUCAAAAGCUGCUGUUGCGAAAACUGAAGUGGCUGAUGAUGCUGAAGCUGCUCAGAAAAAGGAGUUGAUGCGACGUUUUCAGGAUGGUUUAGAAGCAAAGCCUAAGUUUGAGAAAAAAACGGAGCGUGUUCAGCGAGUUGCAUUCGGGUAUGGAUCAUCAAUCCCCGGUACUCAAUUCAGUGCUUCCAAUGGAAAUAAUUCUUGGCGUCAAGAUAAAGCUCAUUCCAACCUCAGAGAGAACAAAGAAUACAAAGAGCCAUGGAAUUAUUACAGCUACUAUCCCGUAACUCUUCCCCUUCGAAGGCCUUAUUCUGGCAAUCCAGAUAUUCUUAAUGAUGAAGAGUUCGGACAGCUGUCUACUUUUGAUGAAAGUACAUCUAAUCCAGCUAUGGAGUUGGGCCUUAUGGGGGAAGCUCCCGAACCUAGGAUGAUGUUUCUUCAGCUACCAACAACUAUCCCAAUGACAAAACGAAAUUCUGCUGCAGCGGGCCAAGAAUCAACCAGCAGCUCGAAACCACCAAGUGGCUCAAACCCCCCUGUAGAGAAAGCUGCUGGGCUAAAAGAAUUACAAGCGGGUGUCAUGGGCAAGAUGCUGGUUUACAGAAGUGGUGCAGUGAAGCUUAAGCUUGGCGAUACCCUUUAUGACGUAAGCCUUGGUUCAGAUUGUGCAUUUGCCCAGGAUGUCGUGGCUAUUAAUGCAGUGGACAAGCAUUUCUCUGUUGUAGGGGAACUCAACAAGCGUGCUAUUCUAACCCCCGAUGUGGACUCUAUUUUGGAUAGUUUUGCUGAUUUGGGUUAGUUCGUGCUACACAGGAAUCCGAAACUCUACCGAAAAAAGAGAAAAUACAGCCUAAAAUUUCCUUAUAUUUAGGUCCUUUUAGAGUCUGUCAAAGAAAGAGGCAGAGGUUCUGUUUACAUGAUUAUUUGAAUUAUAAGACUGGAAAAUGUACAAAACAUCAUUUUGAGCCAUCUCUGGUUGAAGUGAUGUAAAUUUUGACUAUUAUAUUAGAAAAAAUACAGUUAUAUUGAAAGAAUAUUUUCGCUGUUUUCA